CCGCAGUGGAUAGUGGUUAACCACUACCCGCUGCUGGUUGGUGCGGGUUGGUUGUGGAUACCCACAAAAAUUUCACAUUAAAUAUAAUAAUAAUGUAAUUAAAUAGUGAUGUUGUAUUUCUUCUCACACAAAAACAAAAACAUACAUAAAAGAAAGUUAAUAAAGUGUAAAAUAAAUUAUAAAUCUCGAAUACAAUAGGUUAGUUAGUGUAAAUUCAGAAGAGAUGGAUUUGGAAAGAGAUUUGAAAUAACGGAGAGGCGAAGUGAUAUUUUACCAGACUAACAUCAUUGCAUGUCACGGCUCCUCCGAUGGCAAGAACAGCAAAACACAAAAGUGGCUCGAUAAGUGGAGGCGCCCGCUUUUAAUGAAUUGAUUAUUCUCCAUUUUCGAUUAUAGUCUUGUGUUGUUGGUAGUUGGUUGCAUGUUGUGUUGUUCGUGAGUUCGUGGAGAAAUGGAGAUGAGUUUGGGUAUGUGACUAACAUUUAUCGAUUAUUCCCCUCUUUUAACGAAUCGAUUAAUUUAUCUGACUAUAUCUAUGGACUUGGAUUUGUUAUAAAAUAAACAUAUAACACAGGGACACUGCUUAUAUAAUAAAAGUAUCUCACAUGAACAUUGCGUAGUGUUUUGAUUUUGUUUUAUAGAAUAAGUGCAUAUUUGAUUUUGGUAGCUACUUUAAUUCUUAGUCUUCCAAGUUUCACAAACUAAUAUAACUAAUUGGUUAAUGCGGGUUACAAAGUAUUCUGAAGAAAUAAAUAUAACUAAUGUGGGUUUUGUGGAUAAACCGCCAUGGGUAGUGGUUAACCACUAACCACAAAAAUCAAUAUUUUGCUACCCACUAUCCACAAAUUGUGGGUAUGGGUAUCCACAAAGUGUGCGAUUUGCGGGUUACUGACAACCCGCAAACCAAACUUCCACCCCUAAUGACCACCACCAAUUGCGGGUUGGUUGGUGAGAUAAUAACGCAUGCAAGAUAUUAUUAACCUAAACCUAUAUUGGGAAAGGGAAAUUAAUAACGUGGUGUGUAUUGUUUUGGAACAAAUUUCCAUAUUUUAUUUAUAGCCUAGACCUAGCAAACCGGCAUUCGAGGCGGUAUUCAGCCGUUCAAUACUCCAUAGCCAACUAUUUUAUUCAAUACUUGUCUCCUUUACAAAGAAAACAAUUUAUUUCCUCUUGCUAUAUGAGAAGUCUCUUGUUCACCCCAAAACAAACGCCUCACCCAAAUUGCUUCUUUCUUCAUGGCCUCUACAAAUUCCAUACCGGAGUCCCUGUGUUGCACGAUCAAAACUCAUCAGGUGGCGACCUAUUUUCACUGCUUGUUUAAUUUCUUGUUUAUCAUAUACAACAAUUUUCUAACUGCUACUGUUUUGCUUUAUUUUCAGGUCAAAGGAUGGGGGUUCAUAAUCUUCCCGAGAAAUGGUCUAGCAUUUGGUGGCGACGAACCCAAUGGGCCUAAUGGGUUUUACCUAUUGGAUGGAGUGGAGGGGCCUGGGACGGAGACAGCAGCAAAAUUAGGCCCUUCAGCCCAAGAUACAGGUUACCCUCCCGGGGAGCAGUAAUCCCUUCUUCCCCAGAUCUCCGCUGCCGAGCCGCAGCCAUCGACCAUCUGCUCAAACUCUGCUCAGAAUCCUCCAACAAUGGCGCGAUCUUUCUCUGAUCUCCCUGGUGAUCUUCUCCUCGAGAUUAUGGGGAAGCUGGAGGUUGAUGCGGAUCAUGUACGGGCCUCCUCCGUCUGCCUUAGCUGGCUCACCGCCGUAGAGACACUCUGUGUCUCUCGUGCGCUAAAGGGCAAUCAACCUCUCAAGACAAGUCUCUUCCACAAACCUUCACAGGCCCUGGGAGGAGCUCUCCAGCAAUACAGCACCUCCGCUCUCCGUGUUCAUGAACUACUUGCCCGAAGGGAGCUCUACACUUUUCCUACGGUUCAUAAUCAAGCACAACUUGGUGUCAAGAACUUCCAGCUCGUCGGCUCCAGCCUAGGACUUCUAUGCGUUAUCUCUGGUCUUCGCAUCUACCUGUACAACCCAUACUUCCGUUGGUUUCGCCAGGUAAAUCAUCUCCAGCUCCGUUCUAGGAUGCUACUAUUGAAUCUGAGGAAUGCCGGCCUAGGUUUGCUCUGGGAACCCGAUAUUAGCGUAUCAGUUAGGGCCUCAGGAUUUGGCUUCGACCUAAACUCCCACCAAUUCAAGUUUAUGAGGGUUUUGGAGUACUUGAACAGCAAUUAUCAGGUUGUGGAGGUCUAUUCAAUCGCGUCCGGGGUUGUGCAAUCUGCUCCUUGGUCUUUGUUUGACCCCUUGCUCUGUAACCAGAGACUUGCUACUGAGUAUAAUGGUUCCUUACUCUGGAUUUCGGAGUAUCAUGCCCCUGGGUUGAGGGGAGCUGAUCACCUGUCGGGUUUCAUCGUCGCGUUCUCCCUUGGCAACCACGUUCUCAGUUGCUGGACUUUGCCAGAACAGCUGCAACGCGGCUUUGAGCUGAAUUUGGGACUUCUUCGAUCCCAAUUGUGCCUUUGUGCCAGAGAUGCUUCCAAUAUCAAGUUAUUUCUAUUCAAUGGCACGCUAUGGCAGCCAAGGUGCUCGAUUCAACACCCUAACAUCAUCAACGGCCCAUUCGUGCCGCUCGGCAUUCCAAUCGACGGCUUGAUUCUCUUUCAAACGGGGGGAAAACGGUUCACUUUCUAUUUCGAAGCCCAACAGCUCCUGAUUUGUUGCUCGAACAACAACGAGCUAGGGGGGCAUGAUCCGAUUUUGUGGUCUUCGUUCUUCUGCGGCAGGAGUUUUGUUAGGAGGGUCCCAGGUUUACGUGGUGUUUUCGCUUAGAUAGUUUCCACUUGUUGCAGCUAUUUUGGACUUGUGUUUAGGGCAUACACUAUCCUGUAACUGUUUUGUCUCUUCUACUAUGACCCAAGUGAUGAUGGUGGUUAUGAUAUGAACUUGUAACGACGAGCUAGGCGGGCAUGAUCCGAUUUUGUGGUCUUCGUUCUUCUGCUGCAGGAGUUUUCUUAGGAGGGUCCCAGGUUUACGUGUUGUUUUCGCUUAGAUAGUUUCCCCUUGUUGCAGCUAUUUUGGACUUGUGUUUAGGGCAUACACUAUCUUGUAACUGUUUUGUCUCUUCUACUAUGACCCAAGUGAUGAUGGCUGUUAUGAUAUGAACUUGUAACUCUGUCUUUAUGAUAGGCUAUGAUUUGAACUUGUAACUGCCUAUUUAUGAUAGGCUAUCUCCCAACUGUGGGUCUUCGUUUCCAACCGAAAAGACACUGAAGUUUACCUUCUAGCUAUACCUCUCAAUUAUCCAGAAACCUCUAGUAAAAUUCAAACUUCUGGAAAUAAAAGUCGCAAUCAAGCAUAAAUUCACCAAACCAGUCCAUUUACUGAUAUGAAAUACAUAAUGAAUGAGAGUGUCGAGGCAAGCAAAAGAGAGACAUUCAUCUCGGCCUCCUGUGAUGCCUAACUGGUCCCUGCCUGGUAGCAAGGCAUAUUUGCAGCCUUCUCAAAUAUUUCAACAUGACUUGCUACAUAAUUUCUCAAUUAAUCUGUUCUGCAAGGUAUGGAUCUAACACUUUUGUCCGCUUGUGAAGAAUCUCCACUUUUGCUAUCUGAAUCCGUGCACUUUGGAUCUGACAUUUUAGCCACCGCCGGUGAAAUUGAUUUGCAUAAUGUUUUGACGAAGAGGAUUUUUCUAUCUGCUCUGCAUUUUAGGAUCAACACAAGAUACAAGGCCUCUGCAGCUUCUGCCUUCAUGUAAGUUCACUAUCGACAUUGAGUUCCCCUUUGAAGAUCAUACUUUUUCUAACCAAUCUGCAUGAUUUCCAGAGUUCGAAUCUGCCGUUUACUUCAAUCGAACUGGAUCACAGUGAUUAUGGAAGGGAAGGUUAUAAUGUUACAACUCCAAGAGGUUUUCAAUCGUUAUUUCCCCUGUUAUCCUUUGCAUAGGUGGCUUCACUCGUUAGAUUAUCUAAUAUGAUGUGUUUGUUGUAUAUGAUACAAGACCAUCUGCAUAGGCCAUUUUUUGCUUUUCAUGUUGAAGUGUCGGCAGGGCGAAUGUUUUUGUUUCAAGGCCCUUUAGUUCUUUGCUGCCUCUUCGAUAGGUUGAAAUUUGAGUGGGGUAUGAUAACCCCAGUGCCAAUCCGUUUUACAAUGCUAUUCUAUUUACAAGUUCUAUUAUGUGAUGCUCUUCGGACAAUGAACUGUGACUGAAAGCCCCAAAACUAGAUUUAGUCGUAUAAUUUGUUCCUCUUGGCGAGCUUAUGCAAAAGCAGUUCCUGACCAAAGAGUGAUAUAAUCUAGUCAUGGCUUUGAUAUCUCACAGAAUGUUUACCAAAUAGUAUGUGUCAACUGAGAGAACCCUCAUUGUGUUUUCAUUCAUUCCUUAAGUUUCGCCUGUAAUGCUUUACAUCCAUUUUUCAAGUGAGUGAUUGCUGUGAGUUUUAUUGCUUAUACGUUCACUUGGAAAUCCUCUUCCACUUGAUCCAGGAUUUUUCUUUAAGGUGUCCACUUAUCCAAGGCCAUGCCAAUUUCGAUUCCAUAGAUGCUGAUCCAGCUGCUGCUAUGCGUUAUACAGAAUGAAGGCUGCAAGUAUGUCCUUACUUUCCUUAUCGGUAGAUUUGUGUCCAACCGUAUUUGUUAGAUUCAACUAUGUUAGCAGCUGGCACAAUUAUUUUCUAUGACUAUCUUUCUAUAGUGCUAUCACAAGUUGAAAUCAAUUUGUGGACCUUGCUCACUCGCAAUUCCAGAAUUUCUGAAAUUUCUGAAAUAACUAAUUCUUUCAACUAUUAGAAGCAUUAUUUUAUGCCAUAUGGUUGUAAGUUCUGCAUAUUCCAUUGUAGGCAUUAGCAGAGGCAGUUUUGCUGGCUGAUCUGGAACAAGAUACGGUAAGAGCUUGUCUUAUUCUUAGGUGCUCAGAAAAUUGUUGACGUGCUCCUUUUUCUUUAACAAAUUAGCAGGUUAAUUUUGUGCCCAAUUUUGAUAAUUCCCAAAAAGAACCCUCACUUUUUCCUGCUCGUCUUCCAACUUUGUUAUUGAAUGGCUCUUCUGGAUUACGGUAACUUAGCUAUAUUUCUGUUUCUAGCGCAGUGGUUAUUCAGAGGCAUCUACUUGUUAUUGAUAGUAGCUUUUCACAUUUGCUAGGUUGGCAUGGCAACCAAUAUUCCUCCCCAUAACCUCGGAGAGCUGGUCAAUGUCCUAUGCACUUUAAUUCACAACCCAGAAGCCACUGUAAGUACGAGUUAGAUGCAUUAUUUUUUCGGAAAUAUCCAUUCCUACAGGAAGCAUUGGACUAGCCAUAAUGUGUCGAGUUCCAAUAAACCUUUAUCUCACCU